CCUGCUGAAGUAUAGAAAACAUUCCUAGAUCAACAUCUGGAAGUCUGAUCUAUGUUUCAUUUCUAGACUUUAGGAUACAAACAGAAACAUCAAGAAUUGUCUUGGAUUAGAAUUAUUUACCUGCAGGGUCACCUGGCUCGGUGCGGAGGGAGGGGGAGGGGCCGGCGGGCGGGCGGAGGGCCGGUCAGCAGGUCCCGCAGGGCGCGGUCAUCCUCCUCCUCCUCCUCCUCUUCCUCAUCUGGGCCGCAGCGCAGCGGCAGCUCUCCAUUCCCAGCGAGCCGCAGCAGCUGCGGCACCAGGAGACCCGAAGACCCGCCGCGCUGCGGGACUCUCUACCUGCUGCGGGACUCUCUACCUGCCGGCCGGACAGGCGGCGGCGCGCCGCGCGGCUCCGCGGCCGCAGCUUCCAGCCCGCCCUCACCUGUUGCUGCGUCUGGCUGUGCCGCGGCGCGUUGGAAACCUUUACGCACCGAGCGGCUCUCCGGUCCUCGCUGUUGGUGUCCACAGGUUUCCACUGGUCCUUACUGGUCUCUCCGAUCCUUACUGGUCCUCACUGCUCACCCUCGGGGCGCCAUGAGUUCCUCCGCGGUUCCUCCAGCCUGACGGCUCAGCGGGGCGCCGGGCGGAGCCGAAGCCGCCUCUCCGGCGGGAUGCGGCUCCCCGCACUGCUGGCCUGCCUGGCGGGUUGCGCGCUGCUGCUGCUGCCGCAGGCCGGCCUGGCCUGCGGGCCGGGGAAGGGCCACGGCCGGCGGCGGGGCCCCCGGAAGCUGGUGCCGCUGGUCCUGAAGCAGUUCAGCCCCAACGUGGCGGAGCAGACGCUGGGCGCCAGCGGCAAGGCGGAGGGGAAGAUCAGCCGCGGCUCGGAGCGCUUCAAGGAGCUGAGCCCCAACUACAACCCGGACAUCAUCUUCAAGGACGAGGAGAACACCGGGGCGGACCGCCUCAUGACGCAGCGCUGCAAGGACAAGCUGAACUCUCUGGCCAUCUCGGUGAUGAACUUCUGGCCCGGGGUCCGGCUGCGGGUCACCGAGGGCUGGGACGAGGACGGCCACCACUCGUCCAGCUCGCUGCACUACGAGGGCCGGGCCGUGGACGUCACCACGUCCGACCGCGACCGCCACAAGUACGCCACGCUGGCGCGGCUGGCGGUGGAGGCCGGCUUCGACUGGGUCCACUACGAGUCCCGGGCGCACGUCCACUGCAGCGUCAAGUCAGAUCACUCCAUGGCGGCCAAGGAAGGCGGCUGUUUCCCUGGCAACGCCUCGGUGACGUUGGAGGGCGGCGCCCGGAAGUCCAUGAGCGCGCUGCGGCCCGGGGACCGGAUCCUGGCCUCGGCGAACGGCGGCCUGGUCUUCAGCGAGGUCAUGACCUUCCUGGACCGGAACCCGGACACACCUCGGCUCUUUGUCAGCCUGCGGACCGCGGCCGGACCACAGCUCGCCCUCACUGCCGCCCACCUGCUCUUCGUGUCGGGCAGGAACUGCUCCGAGGGCGCGGUGCCGGCGACCGGCCGGCUGCGUGCCGCCUACGCCGGCGCCGUCCGGCCCGGUCAAUGCGUCCUGGUGGCGGUCGGUGGGGUGGCGCGUCUGUCCCGCAUCGUUGGGGUCAGCGUGACGACAAACCGAGGGGCGUUCGCCCCGCUGACCCAGCAGGGAACCAUCAUUGUGGACGGCGUGGCGGCGUCCUGCUACGCGGCGGUGGACGGCCACCGGCUAGCCCACCUGGCCUUCGCCCCGCUCCGCCUGCUGCACUGCUGGACUGGGAGCGCUGGGCGCCACGGCAACGGCCUGCACUGGUACUCACGGAUCUUACUCUGGCUGGGUCGGGCGGUUCUGGACCCGGGGCGCCUCCAUCCGCUGAGCGUCGCUCUGGGCGACAUGUGAGAGAAACCGGCAUGGGACCGAGGUGGACUUCCUGCUGAAGUGGCAGCAAACAGGAAGUAGUAUCAACCAAUAGGAAGUACCAGCAACAAACAGGAAGUGCCAACAACAAACAGGAUGUACCAGCAGAAAAAAAAAGUACCAGGAACAAACAAGAAGUACUAUCAACAAAAAGUACCCGAAGCAAACAGGAAGUACUAUCAACACACAGGAAGUACCAGCAGCAAACAGGAAGUACCACCAGCAAACAGGAAGUACCAGGAACAAACAGGAAGUAC